AAGCAAUCAAUCUGUCAGUACGUACCUCACAUUCUCUUAAGUCCGCCGCCGUCAACGCGGGCGGACUUUUAGGUCGCUCCAGUGCCUCAAACUUCCAGAGGAUCCACACCAUCACCAUCAACAGAACAUCAACAUCCAUCAUCUGCGGAUCCAUCUCGACCCCUGCUAGCCUCGACUCCCUGGACGAUCCCUGUAACAUGGAGCACUCUAGCACUUCUCUCGCCUUCUCGGACAUAAUGACCACGCCGACCGUUAACUACACGCCCUCCAUUCCCAGUAACUCACUCAUCCUCACGGGCACUCACUCACUCGUAACUCAUACCGCAGCGCGCGGGCGGGAACUUCCUUUGCACUCUGAUACCUGAUGUACCUAUUCAUACUGGUUGGUUAUUCUGCAGUCUACACCCUACGAAAACCUUCCGACCGCCGUGGACCGGGAUCGCUCGUUCUCACAUAAUACAUAACUCAAAUCCAUAAUAAUUCAAGGCCCUCUCUUCUCUCUUUAGACUCUACGCAUAAUUCACUUAUUACUGUCCUGUCGCCAAGUCACCUCCAGUCACACAAGAUCCAACCUUACUUGACUUGACCUGCCUUGGCCUCGCCUACAACUAUUAUUAAGCUGCUCGAACCUUUCUUUUCUUUCUUCCCCUCUUCCACUUCAGCUUUCAAAUCUAUUAUAUACAGACAUCACCACCCACUCCUGUCCCAGGUGCUUGGUACUCUACUACUACUACUACCAACACUGGCUUACACAUACUGGCUUACACCACUCAACAUCCACCCAAUCCAAACACAACCCACAAUCUGGAUUGUAUAUCACCUCAAUCAACUUUGCUUGGCAUAUCAUAGUCAUAUCAGCUAUAACUACAGCAGCAAUGGGAUCAGGUAGCUUACCAUCUCCUCCCGCCGAGGAUCAUAAGUCGACCCUCUCUCGAAAGAGCACGUCGUCAAGUUCCAAGUCUGUCAAGCCUGUGCACCGCACUUCCAAGCGAGCCAGCUCAAGUGCUGCUACAAUUCACCACCACGACCAUGUCACACAUACAACUGGUAUGGACGGCCGACAUAAGCGUGUGUGGAAGGCUUGUGAAAGAUGCCGAAUGAAGAAGACCAAGGCACGUUUUUAGUACUACAGCUCUUUAACCCCACCUCUCACUAACACGAACUCAAGUGCGACGGUGAAUUCCCAUGCAAGCGAUGUAAAGACGACGGUCUAGUCUGCACAGCUGGUGUACGAAAGAAGAUGGAAUACAAGCAAUUGCCUAGAGGUUACGCCGAGGUUCUCGAGAACACACAAUUCGCCCUCAUUGCUACAGUCCACAAGCUCUACUCAAUGGUCCGAAACAACCAGUCUUGGGAUUUGGGAGAGCCCGAACUCAACGACCGCGGCCAGCCCGUGAUCCACAACAUCGCCCAGAAGCUCGGCUGCAUCCGCCCUAACAGCGAUAUCGACCUCCCUGUUCACUCAGUGUUCCCUGAAGACGAAGCUGGUAUGGCUGAGCUGGCUCGACAGCUCGAGGAUCAACAGAAGGAGCACGAGCCUGCAAAGGAAACCAUCAAGGACACCGAUUCAUCCGUGUGCAACCGAACCGAGCGAGCGUCAUCAUCGGAGCUCGAUCACUCCGACUUUGAGCACGACUAUCGAAGGGCCGCCUUUGGUAACACCAAUGCCAUGACCCUCUCACCGCAGAGCUUCACAGGCAGCGCCGACUUUGACUUCGCCCCUCCACCACCCGAGAUAGAUGCUUCCAGCCUGUUCGCCUCGCAAUCGCCCGCCAUGAGCAACUUUCCCGCCUGGACAAUGACCAAGCCCCAGCCUAGCGACCUUACCAUGCAAUUCCUACAACAGCAGCAACAUAAUGGCAUGAUGGCAAAUAUGGACUUGUUGAAUCAGGGCCUCGUCGAAUCAGAAUUUGGAACAAUCAAGCCUCAUGUUCUGUCAUGUCCCAACCCCGAAGUUAUGCUGGGCAUGGGCGAUCCCAUGAUAUAUUCUGGCUACGAUGGUGAACCGAUGCGACUAUAAACACUUGACUGUACAAUACUAUAGACUUGUUUACGGCCAUCUUUGUUACGUCAAAAUUUGUCACGCGGCACGGUGUUUAUCGGGAUUCAAUUUUUCUGGGCUUUCAUUUCUUGUUUGGGUUUAUACCCUUGGGGGUUUGGUGUUAAAAGGCACGGUUUCACCUCACACGUGUGAGGUUCGGUGCGGCGUUGUAUGUUUUCCGACUGCCGACGGGAUAUGGGAAUACUUGUACAAAGCUCCCCAGCUCGACGCCACGACAGGACAGGAUAGGGCAGGGCAACGUGGUGAUUUGGAGAUUGCAUGAUACAAAGAAGAUGGAUGUGGAAUGACAACCACGAGCACAAUCAUGGCACAAGCCUUUGCCAGAAGCACAGAGAGCUAAAGUUGAGACAAAAACAACGCCAUUGGAGGGAGAACAGGAUAGGAUAGGAAUAGGGCUUUGAGAAGGAUGCAUAUUUUGGAUAGACUUGUACAUAUCAUAUGGAUACAUACCUAAUCCGACUCCCUAAAUUAUCAGAUCAGAUUGCCCCAUCGCUACUGAAUUGCACAUGUCCAUUGCUGUCUCAUCACAUAUCUCAUUGUCACUGUGGGGAUGCAGUCACAUCAAUCCUACCAUGCCCUUUCAGUCGCCC